GCAACCACGAUGACUACGCUCAGCCCUGUGGCAUCGACCUCGCGUAUUCCAGCCCCAGAGCCCCGUCACUCCCGGCGGCUCAGCCUCAAGGCUCUUUCUCUUUCCAUUGACGGAAGCGGUGGUCUAUCCUCUAGCACGCGGGCAAACACGACUCCCAAUGGCAAACAGUCAUCUGCUCGGCCGAAGAAACGAAAGAGUCCGGAUUUGCAUGAGGAUGGCGUGGUCAAGAAGAGUAGAGUCAGUGCCAGCGGGAAUGCGUCAACCCGGUUAAGAGAACGAUAUUCGGCCGAGAGCAUAAACUCGUCGACUCCGACUCCAACACCGACUCGUAAGAGCAGAACGAAAGCCACUGCGUCACCCCAGCCGACAGACUCGCCCGGCCAUGUUCCCGUUCAUAACACGAGAAGUAGUGGGCUUCCCAUCGAGCCUGUUUUUGCUGAAACCACCGACCGUAAAACCCCGAAGAAGAAGACGACGAAAGCCAAGACCAGGCAGCAACAACAAGCGCAGGCGCAAACGUUGGUACCGCCCUUGGGGAUGCGGAGGUUGACGAGGCGGACAGCUCAGUUGUUGGCGAAUGCGGCGGCUUCAGCGACGACAAGCGCAUCAUCGUCAAAACCACUCUCCCAAAAUCAAAACCCGAUGACCCUUCGGCCUACUCUUUCCCUCUCCGCCAACAACGGUACCGCAAGUCGAGGAACAAGCCCUGCGCCCAGUCGCUUAGAUGAAAUCGAUAUGGGUGUCAGUCCAGUGCGGGAACGAACUGACGUUCUUUGGUCUACGAAGAAAGUUGUGGUGAAGAUGGAGCCAAUAGAAAUGGAGUUGGAUGUCGAUAUCGAUUUAGAAAAGGGCAAGGAGAAAGAAAGGGAGCUGGUUUGUGUGCCUGUCGAGGAGGUGGACGUUGAAAUGCCUUUGCGUGCAACUCCACCCACAACAACACGAAAGAUAAGCAACGGAAGCCAAACUUCCCCCGCCAGCAGUCCAGUGUUGUCAGCAGUCAAUCCAUCGUCGCCUCCUUUGACGUGUCCCGCCUCACCUCCCACCCUCCCCACCUCAAUAUCCACCCUUACUCCUUUAAUAACUACGACUCCGAUCCCAACCAGUCCUACAUCCCCGACUCUCUCUCCGACUUCCCCCAUAUCCAUAGCCGCUUCACUACCACCACUGAUACGGGCACUUUCUCCUGAAGACUUUGCGCCAUCACCAUUCGUCGCACCGACUUCGGCACCAGCGCCACUAUUAGCGCCCACGGCUGACUCAACUUGGAGUAGCGAUGCAACAGAUGACUCCGCACAGCCCAGCUCAAUUGCGACAUUUACCGCUCCUGACGGUUCCCCCAUAGAAUUAGACUUGAGCGCUGCCAGCCCUGUGGCGGUUUCUCCCGCCUGGACAUUACCUCGAGAACGGGAGAAUCUGCCUCCGCCUCUUUCUCAGGAGCAACCAUCUCAGUCGCAGUCCUUUGGGUACCCAAAUGCAAACGCGUAUAGCACCUUUUCCGAACGCCAUACACACACAAUCGAGUGGAAUGCCCUCAUGCUCAGAAGGCGAAAGGCAGGGGAGAGAGCCGAGGCAGAUGAAUGGGAACGGCGUCAGGCUGAGGAGAAUCAGAGUCAUGGGAUGAUUCGAAUGGGAAGGACAAGAACCAGCAGUGUCAGCCCGUUGUUGUUGGCGUUCGAACCUCAGGCGGAACCGGUCGAGCCAGUUCAAUUGGAUCCCCCUGCCCUCGCUGAACCGUCAAACGUGGAACAACCGCUUGAUAAUUCUGCUGCUGUUACUACAGCUCCAGAGAGUGCUGCUCCUAGCGCUCAGAACCAGGCACAAGAGGCAUUAUAUGAGAACCCAUACCACAUGGAGGAUUUAGGUCCUGAGCCAAUGUCAAACUGGCAUACUUCCUGGGGUGUGUGGAAGAUUGCUUGUCGGUUUAGGGUCUGGGAAAUGCGCUCGAGAUACAGCCCUGCACUCAUCCGCUCGCUGGUAAGCCGAGAAGCGGACGAGUUUUUCAGUGCCACGGGCAAACCACAUCCGCAAGCACUGAUGUUCAUGGACGAAGAGUAUUAUGACUGGGAGCUUGAAGAAAGCGAUGGUGACGGAGAAGCCAGUGGGGAAGACGAGGAUGCGGAUGAUGAAAUUGACGCAGAAGGCGAGAUUGACGAUGAUCAGUCGCAGUCUUUCGUUGUGGAUCCUCCGCCACCUCCAGCGGCUGCGGGGGAAGAAAAUAAUGGCCGAAUAUCGGCAUUUUUCUCCCAGAGUCCGCAACAAAUUGCGCUACCUCAACUCCCCCCGCCUCCACUGAGCUCGCUACGGGUUCCACUGCUUCGUGCGGUUUACACCGACAUCCCGAUAUCGGAAACGAAUGCGACGGUGAAUAACCCGUUUGCGAAGGGCACUGCAGUCGACCGUGUGCGACGGGCGUUAUGGGCUGGGAAGACACCUGAACAAGGUUUAUUUAGCAGUGUGGAUGGGUUCCCAAGUAAAGGGACGUUGGAGAGGAGACAGCCAAUGCCAAGGGCGAGGCCACAUCCGAUGUACAUGGCCAUGGCCAACGGGCAUCAAAGCCAAGAAUUCGCUGCGACGACUCCAACUUCACCAGAGCGAUUCGACAUGCCGAUGCCUGACGCAGAUCAUGCUGCUUGGGAAGAGUUUCUGAAGAAUGUGGGCGGAGAGGAGACCAGUAAUUCUCCGUCCGCUAUGGACGUUGACGUCCGGGAAGAUGAAGGGAGCGGUGGGCGUGGCGGUACAAGUGGCGGCGUUUCUUUAGGCCUUUUGCCUACCUCGACUCCGUCAUCACCGACUAAUGCAACAUUUGCGUGGCACGAUCUUGAACGCGAUAAGGAGGCGGAGAACUCCCUAAGUUUCGCGUUGGGCGUUUGA